CCCAUGCAAACGGACAAUCGACAACGAAUACAUGCAUAUGCGGCAAGAGCUGCAAAAACCCGCGGGGUUUGAAGAUCCACCAGACCAAGAUGGGAUGCUUGGUGAAAGAGCAGCCAGAGCAGCGCGCAAGGAACAGUCUCCGUGAGUUGCAGGAGGAGCUAGUGGGGCAUGAGCCCCACAGCCCCCCACACACUCCAGAGGACCUUGGUGAGACGCAGGAGGACCGGGGCCAGGAGUCACCCCACAGUGCCCAGGACCUCCACGCUCGGGAAGCCCUAGAUCCAGACACCCCACAACACCAAAAGCGGGUUAAGUGGCCUCCAGCCAGUAAAGCGAGUGAGUGGCAGAAGCUUGAUGACGAUUUGGAGGGUAUCCUGAAAGCCACAAUGAAAGGAGGGGCAGACAGGAAACUCCAAAUAAUGGCCACCAUGGUCAUUAGCAUUGCCACUGAAAGGUUUGGAAUGAUUGAGAAGCGUGCUGCGGCAAAGCCUUACUCCAAGAACCGCAGGGCAGAAAAGAUCUCACAGCUGCGACGGGAACUCAGGGACCUGAAGAACCAGUUCAAGGGCGCAAGUGAGGACCUGAAGCCGGGGCUGGCAGAGAUUCGCUGUGUUCUGAGAAAGAAGUUGCUAACCCUCAGAAGAGCAGAGUGGCAUCGGAGACGGGCAAAGGAAAGAGCAAAAAGGCGCGCUGCAUUCCUAGCUAACCCCUUUGGGUUUACCAAACAGCUGCUAGGCCAGAAGCGCAGUGGACAUCUAACCUGCGCAAAAGAGGAGGUAGACUCGUACCUCCACGAAACAUACAGUGAUGCAGUGAGGGAGGAGGAUUUGGGUGAAUUCAGAGACCUGAUCAAGCCACCUGAGCCAACCUGUGAGUUUAACAUCAAGGCCCCCACCUGGAAAGAAACUCAGUCAGUGGUCAAAGCUGCAAGGAACAACUCGGCUCCUGGACCCAAUGGUAUACCCUACCUGGUGUACAAGAGGUGCCCCAAGCUCCUGAACUGUCUCUGGAAAAUCCUAAGGGCAAUCUGGAGGCGAGGGAUUGUUGCCCACCAAUGGAGAUCCGCAGAAGGGGUGUGGGUUCCGAAGGAAGAGAGGUCCACCACCAUCGAGCAGUUUAGGACCAUCUCGCUGCUCAAUGUCGAGGGGAAGAUAUUUUUCAGUAUCCUUUCCCACCGGCUGUCAGACUUCCUACUUCGAAACCAGUACAUUGACACUUCAGUGCAAAAGGGUGGGAUCCCAGGGGUACCAGGGUGCCUGGAACACAGUGGAGUGGUGACACAGCUGAUAAGAGAGGCCCGAGAGGGGAAAGGGAACCUAUCUGUGCUUUGGCUGGAUCUAGCUAAUGCAUACGGCUCCAUACCCCACAAGCUGGUGGAGGUGGCAUUGGAGAGGCACCAUGUCCCAUGUAACAUCAAGGCCUUAAUCAUGGACUACUAUAACAGCUUCCACCUCAGAUUCACUUCUGGUGCAGUUACAUCAGAGCGCCACCGGCUUGAGAAAGGGAUCAUCACUGGAUGUACCAUUUCAGUGAUUCUCUUUGCCUUGGCCAUGAACAUGCUGGUCAAGUCAGCCGAGCCGGAGUGCAGAGGGCCCACAACCAAGUCCGGCAUCCGUCAGCCCCCCAUCAGGGCGUUUAUGGACGACCUGACUGUGACAACAACAUCAGUACCAGGGUGCAGAUGGAUCCUCCAGGGCCUGGAGAAGCUUACCACCUGGGCCCGCAUGCGCUUCAAACCAGAGAAAUCCAGGUCUCUAGUCCUUAAGGGAGGGAAGGUGAUUGACCGGUUCAGCUUCUUCCUUGGAGACACCCAGAUUCCAUCCGUCACAGAGAAGCCUGUGAAAAGCCUGGGGAAGAUCUUCGACUGCUCCCUGAGGGAUACAGCUUCCAUCAGGGCCACCAAUGAACAACUCGAUGGCUGGCUAAAGGCAGUGGACAAAUCUGGUCUCCCGGGGAAGUUCAAGGCAUGGGUGUACCAGCAUGGCAAUAUUACAGGUACCGCCCCCUUUUCUCCCCACUGA